AUGUUGCCAGAGUCGGCUCGAGACUGUGCUCAGUCCUCGUGGCUUUGGGCCGUGCCCGGUCUGGGUGCAUUCUGCGGAACUGCCACCAUCGCUGGCGUCUACCGUUUGGCAGCCAGCCAGGGCCACCUUCCACCAGGCUCAACAACACCUCCGAUCUCCUUUCUGGGACUGCUGGAACCAGAGCACACCUUGUACCAGAUCGGUUUCUUGGUGACAGGAUUGCUGUUAGCAUCCAGCGUCCGGCUUUGGUCGGCUGUUUUUGCGCCGUUGAUGACUGCUGCGGGCUUUGGCCAGUGUGCAUACUAUGGCUGGCUAGGCGGCUGCUUGGCAAGCUUCGGGGCGGCGAGUCAAGGCCUCGUGACGCUGGAGCAGGGCAUCUUGGAGAAGAUUGCCUCAGCGAGCAGUGAGCUCAGCGUGCAAAGCAAGCUUCACCAGGCAUUUGCCCUUUUCUUCUUCAUGGGAUGCAUGCUGCAUUGCUGCACCAUGACGUAUGCGGCCUUUUACUGCAGGAGUCCUGCUUUCUCCCAGCUGGUGGGUCAAACGAGGUGGCUGAAGGCGGUCGCCUCUGCGACCACGUUCGUUGCGGCACCUCUGGCGGAGGCUUUGCAUCCGGCCAGGGACGCGGGAGCAAAGCACCAAUUCGACAUAGCCGGCUUGGCUCAGUACCUGUCCGUCGGUAUGUACAUCGUGUUCUUUGGGCUCUACAGUCUUGACUUCUACCAGCUGCGACAGGCAAGCAAGCCCAGGGCAUCCUAG